AUGGGAUCUAAUAAAAAUUUCACGAAGUCAUUGGCGCUCUCUGUAUUCUUGACGUGUUUAGGAUCAUCCUUUACAAUUGGUUACAAUUUAGGAAUAUUAAAUUUGCCAGGAGAGCAUAUUAAAGAGUUUUUAUCUCGUACUAUGUUGGGUAAAAAUGCAAGUGCAGCUGAAAAUACAACAAAUCUUGUGACACCAAGUUUUUAUAUGCUCAAUUGUGGUGCUAUAGCUGAUUGUUUAGGAAGACGUAAUGGUCUGAUAGUAAACAGUUUAUUUGCAAUCGCUGGAGGAAUAAUGGUUGGUCCAUGUGUGGCAUAUAGUCAACCUGCAUUACUAUUUGUUGGACGUGUUUUAAAUGGAUUAAAUUUUGGAAUAUCAAUGGGAAUAGCACCAAUGUAUUUAACAGAAAUAGCACCCAUAUCUCUUCGUGGUGGAAUUGGUUCAUUACAUCAGCUUGCUUUAACUAUCGGGAUACUUGUAUCCUAUUUAGCAACAUUAACAUACACAUUAAAUACAUCAACUUUGUGGCCCAUAUCUGUCGCUGUUGGAUCAAUUCCUGCAUUAAUUGCAUUAAUUCUUCUACCUUAUUGUCCUGAGAGUCCACGUUUUUUAUUUAUGAAAAAAGGAAAAGAAGAACAAGCACGUAAAGCCUUUCAGCGACUUAAUUGUAAAGAUAAUAUUGAUGAAACAUUUGAUGAAAUGAAAAGAGAAAUGAAUGAAGCUGAAAAACGACCAAAAUUCAAAUUUUCCAAACUUUUCACUCAGAAAGAUUUACGUAUGCCAGUAUUAAUUGCUUGUAUCAUACAAGUAUUUCAACAGCUUUCUGGAAUUAAUGCUGUGAUCACUUAUUCUUCUACAAUGCUUAAAACUGCUGGAAUUCCAUUGAUGUAUAUUCAGUUUUGUGUAGUUGCUGUAGGAGCAAUUAAUGUGUUAAUGACUAUACUUUCGGUAUAUUUAAUUGAACGUGCAGGACGUAGAACUCUUCUUUUAUGGCCAGCAGUACUUCUUGCUUUUUCAUUAUUAUUUUUAACAAUUUCAGUGAAUGUAGCAAGUUCAACAAAAGAUCCAACAACAGCUCGAACAGCUGGAUUAAUUUCAGCUGUUCUUAUAAUUCUAUAUGUUUGUGGUUUUGCUUUAGGUUUAGGUCCAAUUCCUGGUGUAAUUGUUGCUGAAAUAUUUAGACAAGAACCAAGAGCUGCAGCCUAUUCUCUAAGUCAAGGAGUUAACUUAUUAUGCAAUUUAUUGGUGUUAUUCAGUUAUCCAAGCAUUAAUGAUGCAAUUGGUGGUUAUUCAUUUCUACCAUUUUUAGUUAUAGUUAUUGUCUGUUGGAUAUUCUUUUAUUCAUAUAUGAUUGAAACAAAAAAUCGUACAUGUGAUAGUAAUGCAAGAGAUUUAGCUUCACCAAAAAUUGUCGCUUGUCAACGUCCAUCAAGAUUAAAUACACAUUUAACUGAUUUUAUUUUUCAUGAAACAUUCGAUGAAAAACCUUUUUCACAUUUGAUAUUUUUUUAUGAUAAUGAAUAUACUUUAUAG